AUGGCAGCGUCGCCGGACCACCUCUUCGGCCUGCGCAACAGCUUCUACAUCGGCGCGUACCACGCCGCCAUCACCAGCAGCCAGUCCCUCCCCGCGCACGCGCUCUCCCCCGACGACCUCGUCGAGCGCGACGCCCUCCUCUACCGCUCCUACAUCGCCAUCGGCUCCCACCAGUUGGUGAUCGGCGAGAUCGGACCCAGCGCGGCCACGCCGCUCCAGGCCGUCAAGCUGCUCGCCGUGUACCUCUCCGGCGACGCCGGGAACAGGGAAUCGGUGGUCUCGAGGCUCCGUGAGCUCCUGCCAGAUGCGGCGGUCGGGAGCAAUCCGAUCCUACGGUUGAUGGCCGGCACCGUCUUCAUGCACGAACGCGAUUACGCCGAGGCUCUCAAGCACACCAACUCCGGUGGCAGCAUGGAACUGCUUGCGUUGAAUGUUCAGAUAUACCUUCAAAUGAAUAGGGCGGACCACGCAGAGAAGCAACUCAGGGUGAUGCAGCAGCUGGACGAAGACCACACGCUGACGCAGCUCGCCAAUGCAUGGGUCGACCUUGUCAUGGGUGGCUCCAAGAUCCAAGAAGCGCACCUCAUCUUCCAGGACUUGUCCGAGAAGUACCCGACGACCUGCACGAUUCUUAACGGGAAAGCCCUGUGUUCGAUGCACAUGGGCAACUUCGAGGACGCGGAGGGCUUGCUGCUGGAGUCACUGAACAAGGACGCCAAGGAUGCUGAAACUCUUGCGAACCUCACUGUGUGCAGCCUCAACUUGGGAAAACCUGCAACGCGCUACCUCAACCAGUUGAAGCUAGCACAGCCAGACCACGCGCUGGUGAAGCGCAUGUCCUCCGCUGCAGACAGCUUCGACAGAGCCUGCGAAGCAAUGGCAUGA